AGGGUUCGAAGAGGGGAAGGGGAUGGAAUGCGGGGAGAGGGGAGAAGGAUCGCUGUUUACAGGAUAACAGGAUCCUCUUCUGCUCCGAUCGCGCCAGUCCAUCGUCGCGACGCACCAUCGGCGCAUCCCGUCGGCCGCGGCGCGGCGUCCACGACCACGCACACACACACAGGGGCACGCGCUGUCAGCGCGAGAGCUCGCCCCCUCCUCCCUCCCGCCCGCCCCGUCUGUCAACCCCGUGAGCGCGCGCGCGCGCGCGCGCGAGCCACGCGCGUCGCGUCCGUCUACUCGCUUGCGAGUUCGCGCCAAUCUUGGAUUACUAACCCGAUUACUAACCUUCCCGCAGUCGCCGUCGCCGCCGCCGCCGCCGCCGCCGUCAGCGUCGUCAUCGUGCUCGUCGUCGUCGUCGUCGUCGUCGUCGUCGCCGCCGCAACCGUCGCACCAUACUGUGUCUCUUUUUCCGCUUCCUUAUUCCUCCUCUUCUCGCGACAAAGAGAGAGCCUAUGUACGGUGGUGUGCUAUCGCGCGUUUCCCGAUAUCGUUCGGCAACAGAUAAUAAACGGACGAGGUCGACGUUGAUCCACUGAGGGGGUCUUCGCUUCCUGGUGCCGCAUCAUCAUGUUCGCGAAAUCCAGAGGCAGUAGCACGGCACCAUGCGACCUGCUCCCCGAUCCUAUCCGCAACACGUAUGAGAUUGGCAAACAGUCUGCCACAGCCGGGCCGGAGAACGUCUGGCGUAUCUACGACGGCUACCGGAAGAAGGACCGAAUGGAGGUCUCAAUCUUCCUGUUCGACAAGCGUUCCGUGGAGAAGCUGCACAAGCCGAAACGCAGGGAAACGGUCACGGACAUCCUGCGCGCAGGUGCCACUCAGAUGGAGCGAUACUCGCAUCCGAAGCUCCUGCAGGCGUACAAAGUGGAGGAGUGCGCGGAUACGCUGGCCUUCGCGUCGGAGCCGGUCCUGGCCAGCCUGGCGAACGUCCUGGCGUACAAGGAGCAAUUGGCAAACACGCUUGCGGCGCAGUCCUCGGGGCCGAUGGGCAAGCAAAACCACCCGCCGGCCACGAGCCAUCAUCGCUCGACCUUCGUCAAGGAGUACGAGCUACUCGAGCUGGAGGUCAAAUACGGACUGUUGCAGAUCACAGAGGCUCUCUUAUUCCUUCAUGGCAACUGUAAAUUUCUUCAUAGAAACGUUUGCCCGACGAGCAUCAUCAUUACGAAGAGGGGCACGUGGAAGUUGUCGGGAUUCGAGUUUCUCGAUGCGGCCAAGGAGGUACCGAUAACCGUGCAAUCGUGGACGAAGCACAUGCCGAAAAUGACUCAGCCCAAUCUCGAUUAUAUAGCGCCGGAGGUGCAGCAGAAGAAGCUCGGCAGCUUUUCCAGCGACAUGUACAGCUUCGGUAUGACGAUAUGCGCGAUCUACAAUCAGGGCCGACCGUUGAUACAGGCGAAUCACAGCUGCUCGGAUUAUCUCAAGCAACUAGAGACUCUCGACGAUCAAGUCUCCGUCAUCUUACCACUGGUACCGAUACCCCUGCGAGAAGCCGUAACACGACUCAUGCACAAGGAUCCCGAGCAAAGGCCUACCGCGCAAAUAUUGACCAUGAUCAAGUUCUUCCGGGAUCCGUUUGUGCAUGCUCUACAGUUUCUCGACGUCAGCAAGAUGAAGGACGUGUCGCAGAAGGAACACUUUUAUACGACGACUCUGAGGGAACUGCUGCCCUACAUGCCGAAGAAACUCUGGUAUCAGCACAUCUGGACGUAUCUUCACGCGGAGCUGCAGACGCAGGAAGUGCUGUCGGCCGUGUUGCAACCUAUGCUGUACAUCGUUCAGAACAGCACCAAGGAGGAGUACGACCAGAUCGUGUUCCCCACGCUCAAACCACUCUUCACCAAUCGAAAGUCGAUUCAGGGAACCGUGACUCUACUGGAGAAUCUGCACAUCAUCCUGGAGAAGACGCCUCAGGAAUACGAGCGCGAGGUCCUCUCGAUGCUGUACAUGUCCUUUGAGAAUUCGACUAUUCAAGUACGAAUGGCCGCGUUCGUGGCUGUAUCGAACGUGACGAGUUAUCUUGAGGACGACGCCAUACGUAACGUGGUGCUCCCGAAGCUGUUGGACGCUUUCGAAAACAACUCUGCGGACGCGCGCGUAUUGAUGGACGUGGUGCCGCGCAUCCUGAGCCGUCUCGAGAAGCAGAAGAUCAUCGACUGCAUCCUACCGCUCCUCUGUAAAGUCAAACUGCAAGAGCCCGAGAUCGUCGUGCGGGUUGUAAAUAUUUACAGGUUGAUGCUCACCGACAAAAAGUACGGCUUGUCUGUCAAUUGGAUGGCGGCCCACGCGAUGCCAUCGUUGCUACCGCAAACCGUGAACCCGGCGUUGAAUCUCGAGCAAUUCAUCCUGCUCCUCGAGGUGCUGCAGGACAUGUUGAACAACAUCGAGAGAAAUCAGAGGAACAAAUUGACGCUCGACAAUCUAUCGCUGCCGAGUCCGGACAAGUAUCGACCCCUGCGACAUCAGUACAGCACCGAUAACGUGCACGUGCCGACGUUCAACAUUCCGAAUUUGCGUAUCGAGCAACGCAAGACCUCGUCGGCCGAGGAUAUGGCCAGGAAGAAUAGCAUCGGUUCCAUAUCAACGGCGUCUGCGGAAAAUAUGGCGCGGAAAAGUUCGAUGGCUACGAUGUUUGGCGGAUGGUUCACCUCGUCGUCGGCCAACGAUAACAACUUCCUGCGAGUGGGUAACACGUUCACGAGUAGACGCCUGUCAGACAACACCCUGAUGACACCCAAGAUACGGAUAGCGCCGUCCUGCGCGAGUUCGCCGGGAGCGACGCCCGGAAGCGGCCUGCCGAUCCGUCGACACUCCAGCACCGGUCCCCAAGAACGACGUGGAUCCAAUAUUAAUUUAUCCCCGCCUACGGGGGGCGGGAUGCCGAUCACAAGUAGCAGCGUGCCAUAUCUGCUCAGUACGAGCCUAAGCAGUAUUCGUGGCUCGAGACGGCCGUCCGUAUCCUCGACGUCGUCGCAGCAGGGGAUCGGGCUACUGCAGCAGGUUGGCUCCAGCAUGUACCAAUUCUUCAAUAGGCAGCCCGAAGCGUGAAGUGCCAACGAUUGUCACUGAACAAAGAUCGGACAAGAUCGCGGUGGUUGUUGAGUCUCUAACUAGCGCGCACCGAUCCACUCGCACGCUCGGUCAAUCAUAAGGAACGGAGAAGCGAGGAAUCGCGGAUUCUCGCGAGGACAGGUCAACGACGACGCCGAUUCCCUUUUAAUUAGCCUCGGGAUCCGGGCAAUAGACGCGAGCCCAGAUCACGAAUUAGUGAGACCAUAGAUGUAAAAAAAGAAAGAAGAGGCAAAUUGCAGGUACGUAAAGGUGCAAGUUAAUGAGAAAGCGAUUCUCGCACGCAUUCCAGCCACGCUCGUGCGAGAUCUAAUAUACAUACGUAGGUAUAUUCCUCGGCGGCCAAGAUCGCGAAUUGAUGAUCGCAAAUUAAUCCGGAAAGAGGGGGAGAGAAACUUCUCCUCUCUCUCUCACCGAGUUAAUAUUCGCACCGCAUAUGUUAUCUUGCCGCCAGCAUAGUGGCGACGAAGGAUUCAGGGAUAUGCGGUUCUGGAGAGGACACGUGUAAUGAGCGAUGGACAUACGGGGUGUAUCAGAAGUCGCCAACUCUGAAAAAUUGGCUCGAUAUUAUAACGUUCGAAAUUAUCGAUGUUGAGAGAAUAUUCGGAUAAUAUUAACAUUUUAUCUGUACAAUAUUUUGUGUUUAUUAGUUUCGUCCGUUCUUGUAUAUGUAUAUUGUAAGCACGUAUAAAAGCGUACCACAAAAAAUCAA